AUGAACAUAAAAAUCAACACUACAUGGGAUGACGGGGUCAUCAUUGGUGGCGUAGGUAUCCAAAAGCAACAGAAGUCAACAGCGGGAAAAAGUGGAGAGCGGAGAACCACUGUGGCAGAGUUGAAAAGGAUGGCCGUGGAUCCGGAAUAUAGAAGAAUGGGUGUAGCCAAAGCCCUGUUGGACACUGCCAUCGAGUUUGCCAAGCAGCAAGGCUACGAUGUGAUUAUAUUGGACACAUCUGAGAUCCAGCAGGAAGCCAUGCGCUUUUACUUGAAGUGUGGAUUUGAGGAAAUCGGUGUUACCCGGCUGCUGUUCAGUUCUUCUGUACUAUCAGAUACUAUUACCAGAUCUCAGCAUAAAGGAGACCUGUUAGACCCCAUUCCCAGAGAUUAG